GCGAGUGCACGCGCGCUCGCCCCGACCCGCUGACUUGCACGUGAUAUCGCGACGCGCAACGCACGCCGACCGCACGGAUUCACACACGGUGCAUGUGCUUUAGUGACGGCUUCUCAGUGCUUUGACGUGGAGGCUCGGGCCGCCGGCGCCGCUGGGCCCGUGAUUGGCCCGAGCGGCGGGAUGGAGUCUCCCCAGAUGUACGAUGCGGCGGCAGCGCCUCCGCCGCCUCCCCAACCAGACCUCAAAAAAGUCGUCGAGGAUAAACGAUCGGCUUUCCCACCACCGGAACUCGACGAGCUCAAUGGGCAGGAGAUCAGCUUGGAUCUGCAACACCUCAUCGAGGAUCAGUUCCGGGGCGAGGAAACGAUGGCCCUCUUUCAGGAAAUUCUACCCGGAGGCCGAUCGCCUCAGCCCCGGUUCACGAGGACGACGCUGGCGUACAUGCCGCAACCGGUCCACUCCGGAGCGUCCUACGCGCCAGUACAAGCCAGCUCGGCACACGAGCAGGCGCCUCCAAUUAAAGAAGAGCCGCCAGAACCUCAGGACUUCCGAAGAACGGUCACAUGCUCGCAAUACACAGGACAAUACAAUCCGCAGCCGCCAGUCGGCGUUAACAAUCCUUACACAGGAAGUUUCACUCCCCUACCGCCUCUGGGAGGACCUCUGCUUCCUCCUCUGCUGAAACACAAACCGGCACCCCCGAGACGAUCCUCAGGCAAAGUAAUAGACAAGGGAACUGACGAAUACAGAAGGCGAAGGGAGCGCAACAACAUAGCCGUGAGGAAAUCCCGGGAAAAGGCUAAAGUACGUUCCCGCGAAGUCGAAGAGAAAGUGAAAACAUUGCUGAGAGAGAAGGAGGCCUUGCUGAAGAGGCUCGAGGCGGUUUCGGGGGAGCUGAGCCUCCACAAGCAGAUGUACGUGCACCUGAUAAACUUGAACCACCCGGAGAUCACGGAGCUGUGCCGGUCGAUGCUGCAGCUGGGAGGCCCGCACUCCCAGGACCACACGCUUUGACCAUAGAUGGAGUCAUACAGCGGAGCCUCAUGGACGCCUCCGUGUGAUAAAAGUAUUAACUAAACUCGAUACAAGCGACAAGUUUAGUUAAAGAAAUUAUAACUAUGUGAUUUUUACUGUUUACUUUUAUUUUAUUUUUUACAUAUACAUGGUUAGGUUAUACAGCGGAUAAGUUUUUUUGUGAAUCGAGGCUAAAAAGUUAAGAGAAUCAUCUUGUUUUUUACUUACUUAUCGUUGUAUGUGACCAGCGAGUCUUCGGCCUAAAGAAGUGAUCUCAAAAGUGUUGGCCGGUGGACGAGUUGCUCUCGCACGAUCACUGCCAUUGUAAACAAAACCCUGUCUAUGACAACGCAGAGUCUGAUUUUCACCGCGCAUCAUAUCAUUUCAUAAUAGCCAAAACGAUGCUAGUUUAGCUAAAUUUUUUCAACAGAUCGACCACAAUCGUAAAUCGUACGUACAGAUUUGUUUAGACAACAAAAAAUCACGCAAUAUUUCAUAGAUCUAUUUGUUUCAGUCAUGCAUUCAUGAAUAUUGAGACUGAUAUUAUAUACAUAAUAAUAAUGAGCAGUUCAAAGAAUGUUUGUACA